AUGAUCGUGGCUUCAAAACAUUCUCGCCCGGACCAGUGGCCCUCAGUUCGUCUCGCGCCGCUAGCCACUGUUAACUCCGGCACCUCCAGAUUGGCAUCGAGGCCAAGCCAAAUGGAUGUCCGUUACCUUUUAAACCCAGAAGUAACCCCAGAGUCCGAGCAUGGGUCUAGGUUCGCUGGGCAUCUGGAAGUCGUUUGCUCCCCCAUCGCGCCGUCUUCGCAGUCUUCAUCCCCGGGAGCAACAUUCGGGCGCACGCCGCUCCCUGACGUGGCACCGGCUGUAUUGACAGGCUCGACGAGUUCGCCUGACGUUCCUAUUUCUGGAUUAGAUCACCUCGCGAUGGCUGCAUCUAUGAGAAAGCCAUCACCAAAGCACCACAUGCAAGCUGGAAGCUACUCGGUGCCAGCUAAAAAGGUGACGAGAACAUAUAUCGAGGAGGUUUUGACAGAACGGGGCCAAUCAAUGACGUCGCAUGACAUCUACAAGGCUAUAAUUGUCAUCCCGAAUGUAAAGCUCGCGCCCCAGAGCGUGCGUAAGGAACUGUCUCGCUUUACGUCGUCGUUUGAACCCCUCCGGGAUUCGACAUGGGCGCUGAAGAGCUGGGGAUUGUCGGCUUGUAGAAUGUCGCGCAGAUUUGGCACUGGCGGGGGCACAAAGGAGGCGAGGCAAAGACGGGCGGCCAGGAAAUAA